GUUUCGUCAGUUAUUAGACCGAAUCAAACGGUCCUGAAUGAUACUGCCAUUUUCCCAGUGAAUUUUUACGAAGAAAUUCAAACAGCAGCGCAGACAAUCCAAAACAGUUUCGAUUAUCGAACGCAUGAAGUCUGUUCUCCAGUGAAUGUGUAUGCCUGUGCAUAACGGAUAAUUCAAAGACAUUUCCAAAUAUAUUUUUUUGCGACAAACCGUUGAAGUGUGCAUUUUACUUGCAGUCUAAAGUUGAAUUUACUUAGUUUUUUUUUAAUCAAAAAAAGGAUAUUCAAUGGACUGAGUUUUAGAAGCAUUUGAAAAUGAUAAUCGAUUACAAGGAAAAUUCUACGAUUUCGAUCGUAAGGAUGAUUCUGUUGUUGACCGUGUUUGGUGCCAUAAUCUCAUCUGUGCUCGCAUAUGAAGACUCUUAUUCGAAGCCCGGCAGUGGAGCUGAUUUUUCGUUAGAUGCGAGCGGUGGUUAUCCCGAUUCAAUCGGAGGUGGUGGUGGCGGCGUUGGCGGUGGCUAUGACUACACGCCACAACAAAACUACGAACAUCAUGAUCAUCACGAGCAUCAUGAACAUCAUGAACAUCACCCAGAACCACCAAAAGGUCACUGGGAACAAAAAAUUAAAUGGAAGGAGGAAUGGGUCAAGGAAGUGAAAACGAUAAAAAAGCAAUCGCACGAAACGAAAUGGAAGAGCGUUUCCGUCCCAGUCUGGCAAUCAGUGGAAGUUCCCGUGUGGAAGGAAAAGCGAACGCCAGAAGUUAAAGUCAUAAAACAUCCGGUUUGGAAGGAGCGUUUAGUGCCCGCUUGGAAAGAUGUAAAAGUGCCCAAAUGGAAAAAGAUAAAUAAACCAAUUUGGGUCGAAGAAAAAAAGGCUGUCUGGCGCGAACAUAAAGUCGCUGACUGGAAGCAAACCUGGGUUCCUGAUUGGGUAAAAAUGGGAAUUCCUGGUGAGAAAUUCUUAGGUAAAGACAAAGACGGUUGGGAAUACACUAGUCACGAUUUAUGGCGCAAAAAAAUGAUUUGGAAACCCGAAUACAAAAAAGUUUGGCGAGUAGAAAAGAAACAGGAAUGGAUACCCGAGAAAAAGCUGAAAUGGAAAGAAGAAUGGGUACAAGAAUGGCAUACGGAAAAGCGUCAAAUUUGGCUAAAAGAGAAACAACAAUUCUGGGAAGAGAAAAAAAUCGAAAUCACUAAAGUAGAAAAAGUGAAGGUUUGGGCCCAUGAGAAAAAGCAAGUCUGGAAGAAUGAAUGGAAGUCAUAUGAGGUGCCAGUGUGGAAGGAAAUUCAUGUUCCAACGUGGAAAAAGAUUUGGAAGCCAGUUACAGAGAAAGUAUGGGUCCAAGAUGAACAUCACGAACAUCAUCACGGUUGGAAUUGAGCAUUGAAUGUACAAUACAAAUCAAAACUACGGUGAUCAAUACGGGAAACAAAAAUAACAAGAUUCUUCGUGUAAACAUGAAAUGAAAAAAAAAAUACUCUAGCAUCUAGUAGAUUAGUUACGUUAAUGGAAUAUUGUAAAUAUAAAUCAUUAGAAAGAUAGUGCACAACACACCUAACACACACAUACACAAAACGCAUAAUGGAAAUCAUCGGCUUCAAAAAAUCCUUAUCAUCAUUAAUCUACAGCAACGGCAGCCGCCACAAUCGCAACAACAUUUUCAGAGCCUACUAUAUUCCAUCAUCAUUGUCCAUUCAUUUAAUUCAUUCACCAUUAAAAAAAAGAGCAACACCAUUUCAUUUUUUCGAUAGAAAGCAAAUUGAGAUUGAUGCUAUGCGUACGAGCGCCCGCGUUUGUUUACGUUCGAGUCAUCAAAUUAGUUUAAAAUUGCGUUUACGCAUCUUGAUUGAGCAUGACGAAAGACAAAUAAGCACAUAAUUGCACCAAGUGCAAAUUAAUUCCAGUUUGGUAGAAAAAUACGGUGAUCAGUAUCAACAAUCAAUUUAAUUAAAUAACAGAUGGGACACAUUUGGGUUUUCGGUCAGAGUAUACGGUGAAAUAGCAACAAAAAUCAAAACCAAAAUAAAAACAACAACAGCAAAUAUAUAAACAACAGAGAUAUUUUCACGGAGACAAUGUGAAAAAAAGCGGCCAUUCGAGAUUCAACGUAACUGCGUUCCUCUCUUUCUGUCACUCUCAGUUGCCUUUCUCUAGCACUUCUCAAAGCACUCUGAACAAAGCAUUAACAAAACUAAAUUUCUAUUGAAUUUUUCCGCGCCGUAUUCGUAAUGCGUUAUAUGAUUGUUUCCGUAGUUUUGCUAGAUGAGAUUUUAAGACUAAAUUUAUUAGUUCGCAUUUUACCAUUUAUUUGAUCAAAUCAGAUGUACGUGCUUCGGAAAAAUGAAAAUCCCAAUAAAUAAUAAUGAGAAUGUAAAUCAGCA